UGCAACGUUGCCGGCCAGCACUGCUGUAACCAGCUCAUCCAGCACCAGUCGUCCACCGCCAAUUUGAUCUUUUCCAUUCUCCGCCUCGACUCAUCAACGCAACCGGACUCGGGCUCCUCCUUGGGCAUCGACUGCAGCCCGCUGGGGUCGAUCGCCAGCGGCGAGACAUGUAACGCCAUCCCGGUCUGCUGCAGCGGCGACCAAACGUACAAUGGCCUCGUCAACGUUGGCUGCAGCCCCAUCUCCCUCUGA